UUGUUUUUUGUUAAUUUCCUUUUUUUAACAUACCCAAUGGGAAGAUGGAGUCCCAGAUUUUAGAACUUAAAAUUAAACGUAGUUCCUUAAAAGGGCAAUUAUUCGGUAAUUAUUUAAAUAACUUAAAGGUUGACGAACCGCUGGGUGAAUUAAAGUUUAACGAAUUAACCUUAAAGCUAAAUAGAAUCAUUGAUUUAUCCGCGAAGUUCGAUGAGCUGCAAACUUCCAUAGAAGUCUCGAGCCCGGGUAACCUUGAUAGCGAGCUCUCAGAACGUGAAGAGGUAGAAGACAAUUUUCAUUUAUCCAUCGCUACUGCACAAUGCUUUCUCGAUAAGGGGGCAGCUUCUAAACAAAAAACUGUUCCUCCAUCUGAGCAUACGUCCAAUAGUUCCCAUCAUGCCGAUCAUAUGGGCUUCCAAUUGCCACAAAUUCGCAUCUCUAAGUUUGAUGGGUCUUAUUACAAAUGGAUGGAAUUCAAGGACACAUACGAAUCUUUGAUACAUUUUAAUGAUCGAAUAAGAGCUAUUCAUAAAUUUCAUUGACUCUCAUGGUAUCAUGAGAGUGGGGGGGAGGCUGGAUGCUUCUGCAUAUAGCUAUGACAAGAAGCAUCCCAUGUUAUUAAGUUCAAAACACAAACUAACCACACUCAUUUUUAAACAAGAACACAUACGUCUCUUACACGCAGCACCACAGCUACUAUUAGCGUCAAUAAGAGAAAGCAUAUGGACUAUUGGAGGUAGAAGCUUGGCGCGACGCACGGCCCGCAAUUGUGUUACUUGUAGACGAGCCAAAGGUCACACUUUAAAAAAUAUAAUGGGUAACUUGCCAUCUCAACGCCUAACGCCCGAUUUUCCAUUCGCUGCCGCUGCAAUCGACUUUGCAGGGCCGUAUAUGAUUACAGAUCGUCGUGGACGUGGGUGUAAAAUAACUAAAUGCUACCUAUGUUUGUUCAUUUGUCUUAGGUACAAAUGCAUUCAUUUGGAGGCUGUAAGCGAGCUAUCCAAGGAUGCCUUUGUAUUAGCUCUACGGAGAUUUAUCGCGAGAAGGGGCAAGCCUAAGGAUCUGUUUUGUGAUAAUGGUCGAAACUUUGUUGCGGGCGCGCGAGAAAUAAAUGAGUUUUUAAAGAGCAAUAAAGACAAUGUGAAAGAGUUUGCAGCUGACGAAGGCAUUCGUUUUGUUUUCUCACCGGCUUACGCUCCUAAUUUCAACGGCUACGCGGAGGCAGGCAUUAAAUCGGCAAAGUUUCAUCUAAAACGAAUUCUAGGAAACACGCAUUUGACAUUCGAAGAGCUCUCCUCAUUGUUCAGUCAGGUGGAGGCUAUUCUAAACAGCAGACCACUCUGCCCCCUCUCCCCUAGUCCCAAUGAUUUUUCCCCGCUCACGCCAGGGCACUUUCUGGUUGGUAGGCCUCUGAUGUCGCUACCGACUGCACCACUGCACGACGCCAACCCUGAUCGACUGGACCGCUACAGAAGGCUCGAGCAAAUACGGCAACACUUCUGGAAGCGGUGGAGCACAGAGUACGUGUGCGAGCUUCAGCAGCGCUACAAAUGGCGAGCUAGACAUCGAGACCUGCAGCUGGGCGAGCUCGUCCUCAUUAAAAACGAGAGCCUGCAACCGUUACACUGGCGUAUGGGCCGGGUCAGCAAGAUGUACCCCGGCCCUGACGGCAUCCCUCGGGUGGCAGACAUAGCCACAUCCCGGGGCAUCAUCCGGCGGGCGCUCAACAGGAUCUGCCCCCUGCCAUCUACACAAGACUCUUGAAGACUGGUCUUCAAGGGCCCGGAGUGUGUUUACGCCGUAACACCGGCCCGCGGGCGCGGUAUGAUGGAGGGCGCGGGGCGAGGAAGCCCCGGUGCCGGCACUGCUACUGGCCAGAGCGGCGCGUACGGACGCGCGCGCAUUUUCAUAUACAACCUUUACAUAAGUGAUAUUCUAUAUUUUUAUUAAGUCUUUAUUACAAGUUUACAGUACAAAUAACCCCCUUUCAUUUAUAAUGCUGUAAAGCUUA